AUGAGGAGUCUCUUUAGCUGCUAUGCAACCAAUGCUUCUGAGGCAGAAGAUGUGCAAAAAGUCGAGGAACUUCAUGCUCAGUUUUUUGAAGAAGAUGUUGAUGACUGUCUCAAGUGUUUGGAACAUAUUCUUUCUCAGCACGAUGAUGAAACUCAGGUGCGGACUGCUUUCACUUAUGUAGGUUCUGAUAUUGCAGAGGAAAUGUCUACUCAUUGCAGGAUGCUUUCUUCCAUUCUUGCCCUGGAUUUCUCGUGCUUGCUGUCUUCAAAGUACUUGGAAGAGAUUAGUCAUUCAGUGGAGAAGCUCGAAAUCCCCAAAGCAGGCGAGAUUUUUCUAUGCACUAACGGAAUUGCUGAGCAGGCUAACAAAUUUUUCGGAGAUCUUCGGGCCAUGAAGGAAAAGGUUUCUUCUAUCAAGAGGGAGUUCAGUGAGCUGAAGAAGGGAGCAGGAGAAUUGCAGUCUCAGAUAGAUUCCAAGUCAUCUCUCGUGAGAGAAAUAGAUGAACAAAUUGCGCAGCUUCAGUGUAGGAAAGCCAAACUUGUUCGUGACCUUCAGUCGAAGAGUAAGGCAAAAGAUCAGGUGGUUGCUGAGCAGAAAAUCACGGCGAACUCUAUAUCAGCCGUCGUACGAGAGAUCGAGACUGCCAGUGCUGAAAUCCCAGCAUGGGAAAUGAAGAAGAAAACUGCCUAA